AUUGAAUAAAACCUAGAAAUAGAUUUUGAUCGGAAGAAGAAGGAAGAAGAUAGAAUCAGAGAUUCGUAGAUUUGAUAUAUAGAUCGAAGAUGAACACAGACAUCACUGCCUUGGAGAAGCCACAAUACCCAGUCGUUGAUCGGAACCCUGCUUUCACUAAAGUCGUCGGCAAUUUCAGCACCCUCGAUUACCUCCGUUUCUCUACCAUCACCGGCAUCUCCGUCACCGUCGGCUAUCUCUCUGGGAUUAAGCCUGGGAUUAAAGGACCGUCAAUGGUUACUGGAGGACUGAUCGGGCUCAUGGGGGGUUUCAUGUAUGCGUACCAGAACUCAGCUGGUAGACUCAUGGGUUUCUUCCCUAACGACGGUGAGGUUGCUAGUUACCAGAAGCGUGGUGGUUUCUCUAAAUGACUACUUUAGCUUUUUUUGUUUAUCUCUGGAUCUGGGCUUCAUUUUGGAAUUUGAAAACUCUUCUUUUCUCUGCUGUUUGAGGAUAUGAUAUGUGCCUCCUCUGUUUGUUUGUUAUGAUGACUUAUGAUGAUGAUCAAAUAAGAUUUGUUGUGACAAUGAAAUUCUGAUGAAUAUAUAUGUUCUUGUGAUUC